UUCACCUUGCAAAAGAGAGGUGGGGCUUGUUAGCUUUUUGACCUCUCUUGGCUGCUUUUAUUUAUACUAUACUACUACAGAGCAGAACUAUGGCGACUGGAGAGUCUUGCAGGCCAGCAGCAGAGUCUGUGCCUCUACUGGAGGGGGACAGUGACCCGUUUAAAGGUGUGAUUGUCAAGGAGAGGCAUAUCGGAGAUAUCUCAGUGGAGCAGUUUAGUGAGCGAUUGAAGGCCUCACUGUCAGCAUGGAGGGAGGAGGGUAGGAGAGGGGUGUGGCUACGGAUACCAAUCCACCAAUCAGAUUUCAUCCCUGUGGCCGUAAAGCAAGGGUUUACGUUUCAUCACGCCAAGCCGGCUCACGUGAUGCUCACUCAAUGGCUGCCAGUGAGCGAGGAGAACACCUUGCCCACCUACGCCACACACAAUAUUGGUGUGGGGGGGUUUGUGGUCAACUCUCGUGGGGAGGUCCUACUCAUACAAGAGAAGUGGCUCAGGAACAUCAAGCUCGUUCAUUGGAAGCUACCAGGGGGCGUGGCAGAGUCAGGAGAAAAUAUUUGGCAGACGGCUAUUAGAGAGACCUUUGAAGAGACUGGCAUAAGGUCAGAGUUCGUUUCUAUGCUAUGUUUCCGUCAUAUGCAUGGUUACCUAUGGGGGACGAGCGAUAUCUAUUUUGCGUGUCUCCUUCGACCAAUCAACACAGAGAUCACGAUUAGCCCCUCUGAGAUUGCUGAUGCCAAGUGGAUGGACGUGGAUACAUACAUCGCUGAUCCAGAGACAAUUGCAAUGAAUCGGAUGAUAGCUCAGGCCUACAAGGACGGGCUGGCGAGAGGACUGUUCCUACAGCCCACCCUCUACCCACACUUCCUGGAGGGACGGCCAGACGAAGUCAUAUACUUUAACAAAUCUUGUGACCCACAGACUAUGUCAGCUGAUACCGUAGCUAAGUCACAUGACACAGAUACUAAGUCGAAUAUCUAAUUAAUUAUAUAUAGUCUAUGCAUUAAUUUAUUAGCUCUGAAUUGAAUAAUUAUGUCAAUAUCAAGAGUGGUUAUAAUUACACACGAA